CUCCAGGCGAGGAGGGUACCCCCCCGUGCAACGCUCGGGGUAACUCACCAAGCAGCUAUGGAUUAUUUUUGUUUACAUUUAGAGGAAAACCCCCGAAACACAUGCCGCACUGGAGACAAACCAGUCGCAUUUCCAUCAAGAGGACCAGAGAAGUACCCCAGAGUCCUGUGGGAUUUGACAGCUGUCUCCAGAUCCUGCAUCGGGUGCAUCUACCUAUCUCUGUGAGACAUAUCACAUUACUAUAAAGCGAGGAGGUACCGGCUGCAAAACCCAGAUCUCAUCUGGCUUCUCCUCGCAUUAUUUUUCCACAAAAAAACGCACCCAAGAAACCUGCAUUUUUUUUUUUUGCACUAAAUGGGAUUACAAGGACGGUGAUCUACGGGGCCUUGUGACUGUCAUUUCUUCAGUAACUUGUCACCCAAUGUCUUCCCUCCUGAAUUUCCGUUUUUCUUCUACAAUGAUGGUAGUUUGAGGCGAAGUGAGCAGACUACAAACCGGAGACAACGACGCGGUUUCCCCCCCAGUCGAUGGUCAGCCCCGCCGUCCGCUCAGCCGGCCCCUGUCACGCACCUUGGCCCUUGAUGUUGGUCAUAUCUGGUGUAGGACAUUAUUUUUUAAUUCCCUAAAACAAAACCCGUCCCCCCUCCCCACAGCCCCGGUUAUUUUAUUGAUUUGGUCGUCCCAGGGUCGAAAGAUGGCGGACCUCGAAGCAGUACUCGCCGAUGUCAGUUAUUUGAUGGCGAUGGAGAAGAGCAAAUCUACUCCAGCGGCCCGGGCGAGUAAGAAAAUCAUCCUGCCUGAACCCAGCAUUCGCAGCGUGAUGCAGAAGUACCUGGAGGAGAGAGACGAGCUGACGUUUGACAAAAUCUUCAACCAGAAAAUUGGCUUCCUGCUGUUCAAGGACUUCUGUAUGAACGAGAUCGACGAGGCCGUGCCGCAGCUCAAGUUCUACGAAGAAAUUAAGGACUACGAGAAGCUGGACUCGGAGGAGGAGAGGUUGAGCCGCAGUCGGCAGAUUUACGACGGCUACAUCAUGAAGGAGCUGCUGUCCUGUUCACAUCCUUUCUCCAAGAAAGCGGUCGACCAUGUGCAGAGUCACCUGGCAAAGAAACAGGUUCCCCCAACUCUCUUCCAGCCAUACAUAGUGGAGAUCUGUGACAGCUUGAGAGGGAAGAUCUUCCAGAAGUUCAUUGAGAGUGAUAAAUUCACUCGUUUCUGCCAGUGGAAGAACGUGGAGCUCAACAUCCAUCUGACCAUGAACGACUUCAGCGUGCAUCGGAUCAUCGGCAGGGGCGGCUUCGGGGAGGUGUACGGCUGCAGGAAGGCCGACACGGGGAAGAUGUACGCCAUGAAGUGUCUGGACAAGAAGAGGAUCAAGAUGAAGCAGGGGGAGACUCUAGCGCUCAACGAGAGAAUCAUGCUGUCGUUGGUCAGCACAGGGGACUGCCCAUUCAUCGUGUGUAUGACGUACGCCUUCCACACCCCCGACAAGCUCUGCUUCAUCCUCGACCUCAUGAACGGGGGCGACCUGCACUACCACCUGUCUCAGCACGGCGUGUUCAGUGAGAAAGAGAUGCGUUUCUACGCGGCUGAAAUCAUCCUGGGUCUGGAGCACAUGCACAACCGCUUCGUCGUCUACAGAGACCUCAAGCCAGCUAAUAUCCUGUUGGAUGAACACGGUCAUGUUCGUAUCUCCGACCUCGGCCUGGCCUGCGACUUCUCCAAGAAGAAACCCCACGCCAGUGUCGGUACUCAUGGUUACAUGGCUCCAGAGGUUCUGCAGAAGGGGACGGCGUACGACAGCAGCGCCGACUGGUUCUCCUUAGGCUGCAUGCUCUUCAAACUCCUCCGAGGGCACAGUCCCUUCAGACAGCACAAGACCAAAGACAAACAUGAGAUUGACCGCAUGACGCUCACCAUGAACGUGGAGCUGCCAGACUCGUUCACUGCAGAGCUCAAAGACCUGCUGGAGGGGCUGCUACAGAGAGACGUGUCCAAGAGGCUGGGCUGCCAGGGCCGAGGAGCUCCAGAGGUGAAGGAGCACCAGUUUUUCAAAGGCAUCGACUGGCAGCAGGUGUACCUGCAGAAGUACUCUCCUCCUUUAAUCCCUCCCCGGGGGGAGGUGAACGCCGCCGAUGCUUUCGACAUCGGCUCUUUUGAUGAAGAGGACACCAAGGGCAUCAAGUUGCUGGACAGUGACCAGGAGCUGUACAAGAACUUCCCUCUGGUCAUAUCGGAGCGCUGGCAGCAGGAAGUGGCGGAGACGGUGUACGAGGCCGUCAACUCGGACACGGACAAGAGCGAGGCUCGCAAGAGAGCCAAGAACAAGCAGCUGGGCCACGAGGAGGACUACGCUCUGGGUAAAGACUGCAUCAUGCACGGAUACAUGCUGAAGCUGGGGAACCCCUUCCUGACUCAGUGGCAGCGCCGAUACUUCUAUCUCUUCCCCAACCGUGUGGAGUGGAGGGGCGAGGGCGAGUCGCGGUUAACAUCAAUCCCAUCAGCAUGGUUCACAUAUUUUCAGAGCUCAGAGUCAUUUUAUCUUGAUCGCCAGCAAAACCUGCUGACGAUGGAGCAGAUCGUGACGGUGGAGGAGACGCAGAUUAAAGACAAGAAGUGCAUCCUGCUGCGCAUCAAAGGAGGGAAGCAGUUUGUGCUGCAGUGUGAGAGCGACCCGGAGUUCGUGCAGUGGAAGAAGGAGCUGACCGAGGCGUUCACAGAAGCUCAGAAGUUGCUGCGUCGCGCCCCCAAAGUCAUCGGGAAGGGGCGGGCCGGAGUGGUGGAGCUCUCCAAACCCCCCCUCACACACCGCAAUAGCAAUGGCCUGUGAAUACACACAUUAUAUAUAUAUAAAUAUAUAUACAUAUA